AUGGAUCUUCGACUCAAAGCUCAAUACUUCACUGAUCCGUGCAGGUAUGAACCAAACAUAUUUCGUAGGCGAUAUAGAAUGCAACCUCACAUCUUUGACAGGAUGAUGCGCGACGUGACCAACUACGACCCAUAUUUUCUUCAAACAAGAGAUGCUUGUGGGAGACUAAGCUUAUCCACUGAACAAAAGCUGACAUGCGCCAUGAGAAUGCUCGCGUAUGGCAUCACAGCUGAUUUCUGCGAUGAUUAUCUAGAUAUUGCGAAGUCCACUGCCAUUGAGAUUUUUGAGCACUUCACAAAAGCAAUCUGGAAUGUGUACCAUGAGACUUACCUCCGCCGACCAAUAUCGGCAGAUUUGUGA